UGAAAAUUAGCGUUAAACAAAGAGUGUAUUUUGAAGAUUGGUAAUCUUUCAACAAAUAAUUUGGAUUUUGUAAUUUAAGAGCAAAUAAAGUGUGAGUAAACUAAGUACUGUGGAUUUGUAGACUUUAAUAAAAGAGGUUAAGCAAAAUCAUCAUUAAACCAACAGUACAGUGAGAACGGUUAGUCAGAUCGGAAGUUCUUUGCAGAUCCAGUUAAGACGGAAUGACUCAACAGUGAAUGAAGAUGACCACAAAAGAAGAAACAAUUUUAAGUACGAGCCCCGCGAAGUGUUGUCAAAGUGCAUCCUCGCUGAAAUUCGCAUCUGCUAAUAAUAACGACGCCGCGACUCGCGACGCCGACACCAAAUUCCUCUGGGACAACAAGGACUGCGUCAAAAGACACCGGUUUCCGAAAAAACAAGCCGUACAUGUGGAAUUUGAAAACAUCACAUAUACCACAUGGAGUUGGUCCAUGACCCGCUUUCAAAAAGAAAACAAGCAAAUUCUGCAUGGAGUUUCUGGGCAGUUCAAAGCUGGAGAAAUUUCGGUAAUAAUGGGACCAUCCGGAGCUGGCAAGACAACCUUACUCAACAUUUUAGCCGGCUUCACAACCCGCGGCAGCAGCGGUGCUGUCAAACUCAACGAUGUCGUGCGAGAUCAGAGUCCACGAUUCCGGAAACUAUCAGCUUACAUACCUCAGGAUGAAGAACUCCGGAUGGGUUUGACCGUACAGGAAGCCAUGACCUUCGCUGCCCAUCUGAAACUAGGAUAUACAGUUUCCACAGAGUAUAAAAAACAACAGGUAAUAGAACUUUUGGAAAUACUGGGUUUAGAAAGCAGCCAGCAUACCUUAACGGCACGUCUGUCAGGAGGUCAAAGGAAACGGUUAGCGGUAGCUCUAGAAUUACUCAGUAAUCCUCCGAUUUUAUACUUGGAUGAACCUACCACGGGAUUGGAUAGCUUGUCGUGUACUCAAUGCAUCUACUUGUUGAAACGUUUGGCCCAGGAAGGUAGAACCAUUAUUUGCACAAUUCAUCAACCUUCGGCUUUAAUUUUUGAAAUGUUCGACAAACUGUAUGCUCUCUCUGAUGGUCGAUGUAUUUACGACGGAACUAUAAAGGACCUGGUACCACACCUUUCUAAUAUUGGUUUGACCUGCCCGCCUUAUCACAAUCCUGCCGAUUUCCUGAUGGAAGUAGCCAUUGGUGAAUAUGGUACAGACAUAAACAUGCUUGCAGAAGCAGCGAAAGUUAAACGUUUGGACUCGAUCGGCGAAAGUCCCAAAGAGAAAGAGUCAAUGUCUCGUAGUGUAAUUGAACAAGAUGAGGCGGAAGAGAAACCUAUUUAUGAGAAGUCGCCGCUACCCGCAGCGGUCGUGAUGCAGUUUUUAUUAUUAUACAAACGAAAUUUGUUGACGACAAAAAGGGGUUACUUAUAUUUUAUCAAUCGACUUUUGGCACACGUGGCUAUAGGAAUCAUUUUUGGAUAUCUUUACAAGGGCGUUGGAAUGGGAGCAAACACGAUUUUGGCAAACUAUGUUUACCUUUAUGGUUCACUGCUACUAAAUGUUUACACUGGAAAAAUGUCUGUUACCAUAUCCUUUCCCUUAGAAAUGAAAAUACUGACCAGAGAACACUUUAAUAGAUGGUAUAAGUUAACUCCUUAUUUACUCUCUGUGAUAUUAAUUGAGAUUCCAUUUCAAGUAAUUUGUACCUUAACAUAUAUUGCGAUUAGUUAUUGGCUGACGGCUCAGCCAGUUAAUUUUCGCCUGUACCUCUUCGUACUCUUCUGUAUAUUAUCGACUUUAUGUGCACAGUCGUGGGGUUACUUCAUUGGAGCUACAACCCCAAUCAAAGUAGCAGUAUUUUUGGGUCCCGUAAUCGCUUGUUUGUUUUCCGUUUUUGGAUUCUGUAUACGAUAUUUCGAUACUCCUAUUUUCUUCCGGUGGAUGUUUCAUGUCAGUUAUUACAGAGCAGGAUUUCAGGGAAUUGUUUAUUCCAUCUAUGGUCUCAAUCGACAGAAGCUCGACUGUCCUGAAGAGGCCCUUUAUUGUCACUAUUCCGACCCAACAAAUUUCUUGAAAGAAAUGGAUAUUAUGGACGUAGAUUUGGUCUCAAACAUUUCUGUGAUAGUGGUGAUAUGGUGCUUAAUGCAUGCCGCUACUUAUCUAACUCUAUGGAUUAAAUUAAACAAACGCUGAACAUUAGUUAAUUUUAAUGAAUUGUAUCACGCAUUCAUUAAUUUAUUUUAGAACCAAAGACUACCUUCCUAAUGAGGUUUUAAUGUGUGUGCUUGUGAAGCUAGUUUAUGAUUUGGUAUUAAUGACUUUUUUAUGUCGUAUUAUUUUAAAGUAUGAUAGAGAUUUUUAAUUUAUGAUCAUUUGUACACAGUUCAGUUUCAGCUAGUCACUUUUAGAUUGUAAUUUGGCGGUGUAAGUAAGCCACAGUUGCCAAUAAGAUAUUUUUGUAUGUAAAAAUAGACUUAAUUGUGAUAGAAUUUUAUAUUUUAAUUACUUAGCGGAUCAAAAAAUUUUAACGACUUUUCAGUUAUUCAAAGAGUUACUUGUAAUAAAAAAUCUUUUCUGUU